AUGCCUCCGUCCGAGCCUACGACGCCGGUUCGAGUACCAAAAGCGGUCGCCGCAUAUACAGCAAGCACACAAGACCCGGAUCUGCGGUCACAAAUCAACUCGGUGCUUUGGCAAGGAGGGCACAUCACCAAAAUACAAGAGUCACUCCUCCACGCGCUCAAUGCCUCCCCUACGAACUGGCCCACCCUCAUUCAAAACCACGCUCUCUCGCUCCUUCGCUCCGGCGAAGUAACCACAUUUCCAGACCUCAUGUCAAGGGUGUUAGAAGACAUAAAGACGGAUUCCGGUGCGGCGAGGAAAGCUGAAGCUAGUAGUAAUGGGGUGAAUGGAAAGGACAAGGAGCCUAAGGUGGAGGGGAAGGGUGAGAAGGGUGCCAGUCUGGCGUUGCCCAGGACGGUGGUGGAUGAGGGUGUCAGGGUUACCAGAGAAUGCUUGGAGCUGGUUUGUGAGGUCCAUGAGUAG